AUGCGAAUGCUCUUAUGUAGUAUCCUUUUGCUAUGUUCACAUGUUAGAGUUUGGCAACCCUGGCACGAGUGUAUCUCAAUUUUUCCCGAUGAUAUUUACAAAGAACGGAUUUCCUGCCCGUAAUGCUCCAUCACGGCCCAUUGAAUCUAGGACUGUCUCGGGUUUUACCUACUUGUAUGGGGUUGCCAAAGUUCCUUACUUUACUGACUCAGUGCAUCUCUAAUCUCUAAAGCAUAUCUCCAUGGCUGCAUUCGCAACAGCAGAAGCAGUUGAUAACAAUGCAGCCUUAAUAGCUAGCGGAGACCUACGUUGUCUGCAACCCAUGUUCCAAAUGUAUGGCCAAAGGCGUUGCUUCUCGGGACCAAUACUUACCCUAAAGGUCUUCGAGGACAAUGUAAUUGUAAGAAGCCUCCUCGAGACAAAAGGCGAAGGCCGAGUCCUUGUCGUAGACGGAGGCGGCAGCAUGAGAUGUGCCCUUGUCGGGGGAAAUCUCGGGCAGUUGGCUCAGAACAACGGGUGGGUCGGGAUUGUAGUGAAUGGAUGUGUAAGGGACGUUGACGAGAUCAAUGGCUGCGAUAUCGGCGUUAGGGCAUUGGGAUCUAAUCCAUUGAAGUCAUCUAAGAGGGGACAUGGUGAGAAACAUGUUCCUGUACACAUUGGAGGAACUCUGAUCAGAGAUGGGGAGUGGCUUUACGCUGACAGUGAUGGCAUCUUGAUCUCCAAGACCGAACUCUCUGUCUGAUGUAGAGGGUUUCAUUAUUUCGUAUGACAUAAAUGUUACCUUUGAGUUUGACGGUCGAAAUCAGAACAUAAUUAUUCAAAGUCCUGAUAAUAAUAUCUAUGAGGAAGACUGCAAGUCUCCAGCCACCUUAAGGAUA